AUGCCCCGCAUGGCCAUCCGAAUGGCAUCGGCGGCGCAAUGGGCUGCACUCGGUCCAUAUUUACAGACGAUGCUUCCUCGCUACGCUGUGCAAUUGACUCAACUUAGCGGCCCCCUUUGUGGGGUCUUGGUGGGGCCCAUCGUUGGAGCCUACUCGGACCGAAACACGUCGUGUUUUGGACGUCGUCGGCCUUAUCUUGUCACUGCUGCAGUCGGGAGCAUUAUCUACUGGGUCCUCAUGAGCUACACAAGAGAAUUGGGAGAUGCCUUUGGUGACGUAUCUCUGCUCACUGUACUCUUCUACUUCUGGACGGGAUUUAUGAUCCACCUCUCGCGUGCGCCUGCAAUGUUACUGAUUUCCGACUUUGCAGGCCAACAUCAGACCGUCGGAGCUGCACUUGGUCAAGGAUGGUCAGUUCUUGGAGCUGUUCUAGUGGCUGUGUACACGGAAUGCUUCGGUGCAGCUUACAACUCGUUGGGCUGGUUCAUGGGGAUGCUAUCCAUUGUCAUGGCCGUCAGCAUUGGAGCAGCGUGUUAUGUGGCAAAGGAGUCACCGCUGGAGAAGUCGAUGGAGAAGCAGAGCUGCUGCCAGAACGUAACCAGUGCCUUUGGCUCAAUACUCAGUGCCGUGCGAACACUACCUAAAGUGCUAGUGGUGUACUGUAUCGUGCUCUUCUUCAUCCAACGCGAUCAAUGCCGCCACGUGUGA